GAUUUUGUUUUUUUUCAUUUCAUUUUCAACAUUGCGAAUAUUUGUGUCCAUACCAACAGUUGCAGUACCGCUGGAAAUUCUAUGUUGAUGACUUUUGAAUACGUACGGAAAGCUGAAUCUGUUAAAUUACUUCUAUGAGUAGACCAUUGGUCUUCCAAGCACAUACACGUCAUCUUCAAAGAGGAAAAUGCUGAAAAAGAGCCUUGAAGUCUUUCUUGUUUUGUGCAUGCUGUCCGGCACAUGCUGUCAGGCGUGCAAGUGGAUGACAGGAAGGGCUGGUUAUAGCAAGAACAAGAACUUUGUUGGAAAGAGAGAGAGCCCGGACGACUGCGCUCUGUCGUGUACAACCGUAACGGUUAAAAAGCAAGAGAAAAUAUUUGCAAACUACGAUUUUGACACAAAAGAAUGCCACUGCCUUACUCAAGUGGUCGGCGUUGUUAGAAAGUCAACAACCACAGUUUGUGAACUAAUCGAUACCAGUGAAGGCAGUACGACGACAGGUGGCAACGUUCCAUUGAUUGGUGACGCUCUUGUCACAAAUUUGCGCUUUACCAACAUGCUCUUGGUAAAUCAUGUAAGGAAACGUUUGCAAGUUAGCUCAUCAUUGGAAUGCUUCACGUUUUGUCUUGAAUGCAUCCAUGAUAGCGACUGCACGUGUUUGUCGAUCAACCUUUCACACAAUCAGAUUGAUAACAAAUAUUUUUGUGAACUGAAUAAUGCUACCUAUGAGCAAUACCCAAGUGACUUGAUUGGAAGAAGUGAAUACCAGUAUUACGCAAUCGAAGAAAGCUUAUCGUUUUAGUAAGUGACCAACUUAAUCUUACUGAAGCAUUGACUCAAACGUCCGCCUGCAUGGGCAUCGAACGUAUACCAAAGACUAAAAUUAGCAUCUAAGUGAUGACGACAUAAAAUAAAAAGACAUUAUUUAUAAGUUAUUCCUACAUGUAAACAUGUAAAUAAGGUUUGCAUACAUUCAACAUGUAUAUUGCGAAGAAGACAGAUAACCUCCAUUUGGGUCCAGGGCUCCGGGACACAUGGUGAGAAGGUCUUACCAUAUUUGGAAUUUCCGGGAUCUCUUCGCAUUACGCCCUUCCGUCGUCAGUACUGAUUAGAGUUAGAUGCACGAGGCAUGGAGAGAGGUUCUCUCUCUUUAGUAUGUAUAAUUACACAUAAUCAUCAUAUAUAUUUAUUCGAGUUCGACAUGUUUCUCUCUGUGGUACACACCUUUGUCCCGCCCAAUUCACAACAAUGUUGUUCUCUGAUCGCUGGCCCUUUCCUUCUCAGUCACUGUGAGUUCAAAAUGUUCAAUAUGUUAAUGGGCAAGCCAAAGCUGCAGCAAUCCUUUGCAAACUUUCAAAAGUUUUUUCAGAUCCACUCAGUCAAUUUCUAGUAGAUCUCACUAUUUGGCGCCUUUCGAAAAAUUUUAGAAUGCUCUUACAGGCUUUAUGGUCCGAAUUCAAAAGUUCUGAAUUCUUUGUAGUUUUUUUCAUUGCCAUUCCAUCGGUAUUUAAUCAUCAUAGUCUU